AUGGCUGCCGCGUCGCAACAGGUCGGUGCAGCUCUGCCCGGAACUGCUCCUGCGCCCAAAGCUCUUUCAGGCAUUGACCUCUACAGCAGAUUCGCCUUCGCUGGCGCGGUCUGCUGCUCAGUCACUCACGGUGGCCUCACCCCCGUUGACGUCGUCAAGACAAGAAUUCAACUUGACCCAGUCACAUACAACCGCGGAUUGAUCGGGGGAUUCCGACAAGUGAUCGCAAACGAAGGCGCUGGCGCUCUCUUGACAGGUGUUGGCCCGACCUUUGCAGGUUACUUCCUUCAAGGCGCCUUCAAGUUCGGAGGAUACGAAUUCUUCAAGCAGCAAUCGAUCAAUCUCCUCGGCUACGAGACCGCCUCAAACAACAGAACCGCCGUCUACCUGGCAUCAUCUGCCCUUGCCGAAUUCUUCGCCGAUAUUGCUCUCUGCCCCCUGGAAGCCACCCGCAUCCGAUUGGUCUCUGAGCCGACCUUUGCUUCUGGUCUGGUUGGUGGCUUCAGCAAGAUCUUGAAGAAUGAAGGAGUUGGCGCCUUCUAUAGCGGCUUCGGUCCUAUCUUGUUCAAGCAGGUCCCCUACACCAUGGCCAAGUUCGUCGUCUACGAGAAAGUUGCUGAGGCGGUCUGGCAAACGAUGGACAAGAACACUGCGUCGGACGGCACCAAAACGGUUGUCAACCUGGGCUCUGGUCUGAUCGCCGGUUUCGCUGCCGCCCUCGUCUCCCAGCCCGCCGACACCAUGCUUUCCAAGAUCAACAAGACCAAGGGUCUUCCAGGCGAAAGCACCACGAGCAGGCUUUUCAAGAUCGGCAGGGAACUUGGUAUCCGUGGCAGCUAUGCUGGUAUCGGUGCUCGUCUCUUCAUGGUUGGUACUUUGACCGCUGGUCAAUUCGCCAUCUAUGGUGACAUCAAGCGUGUUAUCGGCGCCGUCGGCGGUGUCGAGAUCUCGAAAUAG